CAAAUGGCUAUCAUACAAAAUGAUGUAAGACAGUCAUUUCCCUUAAAUAAUUAGUUGAAACCACAAGAGGAAGUUAAAUGUUUGGAAAAUCUACGAUGUUUCAUACACCAGAUAACUAUCACAAUAUAUCUAUGAGACUUUCUGAGGUCCUUGAUGAUAUUGGAGUAAAUGAAAAUAUGGUGGUGAAGAUAAGAAGGGCAAUUUUACUGAAAGAAACCAUGCACUCAAUCAAAAACAAAGCAGCUGAUAGACGAAUCACUGUAUAUAUCUUAGGCAGUCAAUCAGAAAGCACCACAACAAUAGGUUUGCAAUCAGAUGCUGACACACUUUAUAGUCUAGAUAAUAACAUUGUGAUACAGGACUGGUCUGAAUGGACUGCAGGUAAAAAAAACUUCCUGAUGAUUCAGAAUGAAACAACAACACCUGGUUAUUGUCUUUUACAGAGUCUUAGAUGUGAUGUUCCACUUCCUGUUACACAUGAAACAGGCAAUUUCUAUGCCAAGGAUACAAGUGGACGGAUAUUGUUCAAGAAUACAAUAAUAGAUGCUAGUUUGCUUAGAGGAGAAAAGCGACAAGGACCGUCAGGAGCAAGGAAUACACCAGGUUUUCUUGCUAGUGACAUAGUAGCAGCAUUUCCUUGCAAAUCAUGGCCCCCGUCAUCAAGAGCUUGGCAAGAAACAAACACAUGGCCAACAGCAGAAAUGAAGAGAUAUGCAAAAUCUUCAAAGUGUUUUGUUGUAGGUGUUGGCAGCACAGCAAGUGAAAAUGCAGCCUUUGAAUGGAGACUUUCUACCUCAUUAGCUGAACGCUGCUUGAUGUUCAAUUUAAAUAUUACUCAGAUAAGAUGUUAUAUCUUAAUGAAAAUGAUUCUUAAAACAUACAUUAAUGUUGAAAAUCUUGACAAUGGUAGUCGUAUUUCAAGUUUCAUGUGUAAAACUGUUUUGUUUCACUGUAUAGCAAGUAAACCUUCAUAUAUAUGGAAGGAAUGUAAUAUAUUAAAAUGCUUAAAUUUCUGUAUAUUCACAAUGAACAACUGUAUAUUGAAUGAACACUGUCCCCAUUUCAUUGUUCAUGAAAACAAUUUAAUGGUAAGAAAAUUUUCUGCUGAAGUCAAACAGCAGUUACUUGAGCGGAUAUCAAAUUUAAUACCAUUUGAUGGAAUUUCACUUUUUGGAAUACAGAUUGAUGACCUUGGUAAAAGACUUCAGAUUAAGCUUAAUAUGAUAAAUGAAGUGCAUCAUGAUAUACCACAGCCAGAUGAAUACACUAUGAUGACAACAGCUGAUUUAUUACAUCGGAUAGCAUCAAUAAGCAUUUCAAAGAAUCAUUAUGAUUAUGAGCUUCUACAUAGAAAAAAAGAUCAAAGUUUAGAAAUGAAAUUGAAAAUUCUAUUACGUACAGUGCUACGUUUUACAAGAUACUACAGAGCUGGCAGCAUGUUAGACAAGACAGCAUGCAGACUUCUAGCACCUAUGUGUUGUACUUCAACAGGAUCUCUGAUAGCCUCACAGAACAUUCAGAUUAACAGAACAGUUUCUCCUCAAGCACUUGCCUGGCUUGAUGCAGGACAGGACUCAGAUGUUGCUUCAAGCAGACUAAAACUUGCAUCUAUAAUGUAUUGUACUGGAGAUAUGGAAAAAACUGCUUGUAUUCUUUCUCAUAUAGAAAAACAAUUUAACACUACAGUUACUGAGACUGUAUGCGGCUGCUACAACUUCCAUCAACAGUACUCGAAGAGAGGAUUUGGUCAACUGUGCUGUCAAUAUGAUGAAGCAGAAUUUAAGUUCAUAGUUGCCCUUUGCGUAAGAUUUUUCCCAGCUGAAAUAAACUGUGUACCACAUGAACUUCAGUAUGAAAUGUUUAGAUCAACACAAGAGGACCUGCAACAUAGAGAUAUACUUGAUGACUGGAUGGACUGGGCUGUAGUAGACUCACUUCCAUAUCUUUAUUUUCUACAAUACAAGACAUAUGGCAACCUACAGAAACCCGAGGAACAGCAACAAGCACUGAACAAACUUGUGUGGGUCAUCAGAACAGAGCUCAACCUUGCGUGGGUCAUCAGAACAGAGCUCAACCUUGCGUGGGUCAUCAGAACAGGGCUCAACCUUGCACACACUGAAACAGCACUGAAUUUACUAGGACAGUGCAUGGAACAGGAGAACAGACCUGUUGAUGCUCUUCAGUGUUACAGGGUAUCUCUACGUCACAGGGAAAGAAACAAUGCUGCAAAAAUUCAUAUCUGCAGGUGUUUAGCUAAUACAAUCUCAUAAGAACACCACAACUUGUGUAAACUUCAUAUCCUGAUUGAUCAACUUCCUACAUAUGACUGUGUUGAUGAGGAGUAAUUAUUCUUGUUGUAAGCCAGGACUGCCACCUUUUCUGACCAAUUUUGUGAUAAAGUGACUUCCAGUAACUGUUGGAGUAUCAAAUAGCACAAAUAAAAUAUAAUAUAUA